AUGAAACCGGGGGCCAGUGGCGCUCUGGGAAACUCGUCCCUGGACACAAGUGUGCUGGAGGAGUCCUCAGGCAAUGAUUUCGAUGUGGGCGCCUUGACACGCCAGCUCCCUCAUACCUCUCCCUGCGCUACAUCAGACUCCUACUCUCCUCCACAGGUCAAAGGUGCAUGCUGCCGGACUCUGAGGACACCGGCUCCUGUCCACCACUCGGCUGCCACACCCAACACACUGCCUGCACACCUCCACCGCCACCCCCGGCAGUGUCCCGACCUGAGCGACGCAAGCCUUAUUCACAGAGGCUCUCACAACUGCUACCCAGAAGCCGGUCAACCCGCGACCGCCCUGGACCAGUCCGUGCCCUCUCAUCUGGGGACAAGUUGUUCUUACCAUUAGCAGCCUCUGUGCCUCAACACUGGAGCCUCGCAGCCACCGACCAAGAAGAGAAAGUCACAGGCUCUGGAGGACCCCGGGGACUGUCCAACCUGUGCCCGGGACUCUGGACCAAUGAUGAGCAGGAGUCACAGCAGCGAAAUGCAAGACCAUGACAGUGGGGCUGCUGACCAGGGCUCUCUGGCUCUGAAGUAGCAGCCAUACCAAAGUGUUCUUUGGCAUAGUUUAUUGAAUGGUCAUUAUGAAAAACUACCCAAUGUAGGCUUCUGAGUUGUUGCAGACAAAGGAUUCAAUUUUUCACUGGCAGACGAGGCUUCUGUUUGCCAAAAGAAGAACCAUUUCCAGAUAACCAUUUGUAUCCAAGUUUGGGGAAGUGCAAAAUUUGUCAAAACCCAAAUGGGCCUACAGCCAAUAGAAAUGUUUUACUUGAAAGCUUUCAGGGUUAAGGUGGAAGCCACCAAUCAAGUAAUUGCUAUUGAACAAUCCUAAGCAGAUAGAAGGAAAAAGAUUUUCAAUCCUGUGGAAAUUGACUUACUGGCCAACCACAUCCCCAAAGUAACAUUGGGCCGACUACGCUUCCGUGAAACCACAGCAAAUAACAUGAGAAAGGAAGGGAAACCAAAUCCUGACCAGAGAAACUUCAGGUCGGUGGUUGGACUGCAUGCUGCUCACCAAGGCCAGUUCUAUCUGUUGUCUGCCCACAUCUCCAAAGGGAUCGUUGUAAGGGCCUCUAACCCUGGGCAAUUUGAAAAUGACAGUGAUGCAUUAAGGCAGCGAGGACAAGUUCCAGAAUCUGUUGUCUGUCAUGGUCGAGUGGGAAUAAACACAGAUGCCCUGGAGGAGGCCCUGGUCGUCUGUGGCAACAUGAAAGUGAUGGGGAUAAUUAUGCAGCCCUCUGACAGCCGGGCAAAGCAGAAUAUCCAGGAGGUUGACACAAAUGAACAGCUGAGAAGAAUAGCCCAAAUGAGGGUCAUUGAAUGUGACCACAAACCUGAGUUCGUGUCUGCGAUGGGCAUAAAUGCUGCCCAUCAAACAGGAAUGAUUGCCCGGGACGUGUGAGGUCCCAGAGCCGUGAGAGAAGUGGGUGAUGUCACCUGCAAAAACGGAGAGACGCUACAGAACUUCCUCAUGGUCGAUAAGGACCGGAUCUUUAUGGAAAAUGCAGGUGCAGUGAAGCAGCUCUGCAAACUAACCAACGACCUUGAAGAAAGAACAGAGGCGUUAGAAAUAUGGAACUGAAAGCUGGCCAGGCUAAAGUGGCUCAGUAGCUGGAAGCCCUCAGCCAGUGAAGCCAGCUCAGGCAGCAAAUUUAGCAGAGCUGUUAGAGCUCCUCCAAGAAGGGCCAUUCCCAAAAGAUCCAACAAGGUUUAUUCUGCAGGAAGAAAACAGUGGUGUCCUACCUGGGUGUCCCAGACUGUGGUUAUCACUCUCAUUGCUGUGAUGGCAUUUUGCUUAAAAGAUCAAGACCGACGUGCCCCAAGUCUCCUCCCGAGCAAUAUCACAAGCUCUCAGGAGCAUGCCCUGCUGCCCACAGCCACCUCCUCCUCCUCAGUGCCUACGAUGACGUCUCUGGCCACCACAGAAUCCUCCUUCCAAAUUCCAGAAAUCACUUUCUGUGAGAUCCUGCCACGUCGGGAGAUCUAUUGCUGCCCUGUCUGGGGAACAAGAAGAGUCCUUUCCAGUCCUGUGUGAAGACAGUCCAAGGAAAUGGAACCUCAUCAGAGAUGGGUCAAUACAACUAUCAGUUCUAUUCAGAUUCUGGAAAUCCAGCAAAUAAUAGAUGGUCGGUAUUGCAGUUGAAGGCUCCAUUGCGGGUCUGGAAAUUACAAUCACGAUAUUCCUGUUAAUAAGCACGCAUCCAACGUCAAAUUCUCUCUGGAAAUCAUCACAGCAGAGCCAUUGAUAGUCUUCCAGUGCAGAUUCACCCUUGGAAAUAUAUGUUUCCGGAGGAAAAGGGAAGCCAAAGGGGUGUGGAACUACGGAGAAGUCUCCCAGGAGACAACACAGGGAGAUCAGCACAUUUGGAGCCUCCCUGCAGCCUGGUUCUUCGAGAGCGCAUACCAUUUCCGUGUAGCGGCACCGGAUUUAUCUGACUGUUCAAUGGACCCUUAUUUUGCUGGGAUCUUCUUUACAGGUUACUUCUUUUAUUUCUGUCGACACUGUGCCUAA